AUGUCACAGAGUUCGGAGCGUACACUCACCAUCACCACCGUAUCUUCCCCAAACACCAACCCCAAUUCCCUCCCAAGUGCACAUCAUUUUGUGUCACUCAAACUUACGCACCGGAAUUACCUUUAUUGGAGAACCCAGAUUAUUCCUUUUUUGCGUGGACAAAGACUGUUGGGAUUCAUCGAUGGAUCUCGACCGUGCCCGUCGCCCGUGCUUGAGGUUUCCGCCGGCGACUCUUCGGAUGGCACUCCCACCACCGUCAUUAACCCGGCCCAUGAGGCUUGGAUAGAACAAGAUGCCUCCAUCUUGUCUUUACUGAUUUCUUCAAUUUCAGAAGAAGUCAUGUACCUCACGCUUGGACAGACCACAUCGCGUGAGGUGUGGCUUGCGACGGAAACAGCCCUGGGGUCAUCAUCGCAGGUGAGAUGUCUCAAUCUCAUGGGGCAGUUCCAGUCCUUGCGGCAAGGUGACGCCUCCACGCAAGAGUACCUUGGCCGGGCACAACAUUUGGUAGAAGAUCUUGCGCUGGCUGGACGGACAAUGACAUUAUCGGAGCAGAAUUUAUAUGUUUUCCGGGGGUUGCGAACGGAAUUCCGGUCCAUGGCAGCCUCCCUGGCGGUCUCCGGUACACCGGUGACGAUCCCGCAGUUAGCCGACUAUUUACAGGCGCAACAGUUCAUCCAUGAGGAUGACUUUCCAGUUCAACAAUUGGGAAUGGCGAGUGGACAGCAGUCGGCUCUGUAUGCUGGCCGCGGCAGGUGGCAGAACGGCGACGGUUCUCAGCGCGGUGGCCAGUCGCGUGGGGGAGGUGGCCAAUCCCGUGGCGGCGGGAACCGGCGCGGCGGUCGUGGCCGUGGAAAUCAGCGAGGUGGUGGAGUCCGCUGUCAGAUCUGCCGAUCUCAGGGACACUCUGCGGCUUUCUGUUAUAAGCGUUAUUCCGAGCCACCACCCUCCCAGGCUCACGUAGCAGUCGCCGGCAAUGGAAGCGUCCCGGCGGUGACAUCCUGGCUGCCGGACACGGGAGCGUCUGCCCAUGCCACUCCUGAUUCCGGCGCUCUCGGGCAGUCCACAGAGUAUCACGGAGACGAGGUUCUAAGAGUGGGAAACGGCUCAGGUUUGGUGAUCUCGCGUGUUGGUUAUGCAGUUAUUCCUUCCGUUUCCAAAUCCUUAAAACUGAUUGCACCACGCAGGCAGUACUUCUUAAGGGACCAAGUUUCGGGGGCUUAUACUCGCUAUCAAUUCCGAAGUCACAUUACGCGUUCGUCUCGGCUCGUGCCUCUUCCCUGGUCUGGCACCAGCGUCUCGGUCACCCACAUGGCAAAUGGCGUUCCAUCCGAGCCCAAUGCACCAUGGGCCUCCAGUCCCGUUGCUCAUCACGGUGACGAGACUGCCCCGGCUCUUCCACCGCCUAACCCUAUAGGUGAAUCUCAGCCUGAGCCCCAAGCUUACGCUCGGACCCGGCGUCGAGCUAAAGAUAGGCCACAAGAGCGGAAUCAUGUAAUGCGUCUACGCCACCAGACUCGGGGAGCCGCAGAGGAGUUUCAUGCUCUCACUGCGUCAAUUCCUGAUCCUACUUGCUACUCGCAGGCAGUUGGGCAUUCCCACUGGCGAGAUGCAAUGGAUCAAGAGUUUAAUGCGUUACUACAUAACUGUACAUGGCAGCUGGUUCCUGCCACAUCAGACAUGAACAUAGUAGGGUGCAAGUGGGUUUUCCGCACCAAACGGAAAGCUGAUGGUACUAUCGAGCGCUAUAAGGCUCGCUUAGUGGCCAAAGGUUUCAAUCAGGUCGCAGGGGAGGACUUUUUUGAGACAUUCAGUCCAGUGGUCAAACCCACCACAGUCCGGAUUUUAUUAUCUCUAGCCGUGUCACGCGGGUGGACUCUACGGCAAUUAGAUGUCCAUAACGCCUUUCUUAACGGCCGUCUGUCCGAGACUGUAUAUAUGCGGCAACCUCCAGGGUAUGAGGACCCUGAUCGCCCAACUCAUGUUUGUCACUUACAGCGUUCUCUGUAUGGGUUGAAACAGGCGCCACGGGCCUGGUUCAAACGUCUACACGACUUUUUGCUCCAUACAGGUUUUGUAGCUUCGAAGACCGAUGUCUCCCUAUUUCACUACUUGGAGGGAGACUCAAGGGUAUUCCUUCUUGUCUAUGUCGAUGACAUCAUCAUGCUAGGGGAUGAUGAUGUCCUUAUUGAUCGUUUGUUGAGCAAGCUGGCUACAGCCUUCAAAAUUAGAGAUCUUGGUACGCCAACGUUCUUUUUGGGUAUAGAGACGCUACGGGUUCCCGAGGGCAUGCUACUCACUCAGCGUCGUUACAUGCAUGAUAUCUUACAGUGA